ACUUCCAGAUCGCCAUUUGUUUCCGAAAUGGCAAAUGUGUGUGUUAGUGUCUGCUUAACACCAGAAAUACUUCGAACAUGGGAUAAAACAGGGAGAACGGAAUUGUAUGUUAAAUAUUAGGCAGACAAAAUCUGAAACCAUUACAAUACUGAUACUAUAAUAUUUAACUCUCUACUCAUACGCACAAAAUUAGCAAUUUGUGUGCAUAACCCGUGCAUCUGCGCUGUGUGGGAUCUAUCAUGUUUCUGAGAGUUUCUGGUUCAAUUUAAUAACCAAUUUAAUUAACAUUUUAAUUUAAAAGCUAAAUUUAUAACUUGGUAAGCCUAUAAUAUAUUUAGGUCUAAGGUAGGAACAAUUGAAUUAAGGUAAUCCACCACUUUCUGUUGUUCCAGUUGGAGUUUGAAGUGCUAUUUAAAAAGUUACUUUUUUAUUGAUGUAGAGUGGGGUCAGAGAGGGCAACUAGUAACUAGGUUUUCAGUUGCAUAGAAAGUAAAGAGAGAGUUUAUGUCGCUUUCUCGUCUAAGUGCCAGAUAUAUCCUUUCAGGCUCACUGAUUGUAUCGAACAGAUGGGCGGCUUUUGCCGAUCCCAUCAUAAACCAAUCAGACACGGAAUAGGCCUAUGCCUAUACAAACACUUUGUUGUGGUCCAUCAACAAAAUUUAGUUGAUCCAAAUAAUACUAGUAUCCACUCACACAGAAUAUUGAAAAGCGUACACUGAAAUGUCAGUUUAGCACAAUCUGCAACUAAUCCCUUCCUAUUUGCAUGAGUUCUUGUUUCGCGAUUGUUUUAGUGGAACUGACAUUUUCAAGAAAGGCUAUUUUUGGCAGAAAGUUAAGAGAGUGGGCUGAGUGGAAUCCGCAAUAAAAGAGCUUUAGUGACUUUCUAAAACGGAACUUAAUCUCAGGCCCAUCUCCAACCAUCCAGUCCUUGAAUGUAUCUGUUCAAUGUCCACAACCCAUAGCUGACGCCAUGUCAAACUGUUUUUAGCUGUUGACACCCGCACCAUGACACUGCUGAGUGAGGGUCUGACAAGUUCAUUAGUAUUGUUGAUGGCCAUCACACUUAUUCAUUGCGUAUCUCAGCAGCAUCAAAAACUUCUUCCACAGGCACUAUUGUUGUCUAUCCUCUUUUGUUUUCCUGCCAUAUCAGUGGAUUAUUAACUUAUUUAAAUGAAUUCUGCUCAAUAACUUAAAACAGAAUCAGAACAGUUAAUGGACAUCAAUAAAAGAAUACUUGUUAAAAUAUCAAUUAAGACCCAAUAAACAUGACACUGAAUAGCAGACGCUGAAGUGCCAGAUUACCAAGUUUUCCUAUUUAUUUUAUUUAGCAAUAAACAAUUUAGAUACAUUUUUAAAACUUUCUCUUCUGCAUCAUUUGAAGAUUGAAUACAAACAACAAUGAUGAAUUGCACCAAAUAUCUGAAACGACAAAAUCCUUUAAAUUGAUGACAUUGAUGUAUUUAAAAUUAUCUGGGGUCAUUCUAAUAUUAAAAUAUCCUUUCAAAGAGGUCCUACUAGCAUUACUAGCCUGGUGUUAUGUGCAGAUACCAUUUGGAUAUUGUUUACAAGUAAUUAAUGGUGAAAAGUAAUGUUUUAAGUUUGAGACUGUAAACUUAAUAACUUUCUGAAGUCUGAUGAUAUUGACUUAAUUUUUGUUAAUUUAAAUACAAGAAAAUGCAUUACUAAUUCCUCAGCUAACAUAAUUAAUACAUUAAAUAUCUAUAAUUACAUCUAAUUUGCUAUCAAUUUUAUUGUCUAAGGCUAGUUUUUAAAAAAUGCUAUUGUAUCAAAAGUUGAACAAAAAACAUUUUAUAAAUAAGCAACUUUUAUUUAAAAGUUUGAAUUUAUGAAAUUAUCCAUUUGGGAUGUAAACAUGUUAGAAUGCAUAUGCAGCUAAUGUUAUAUGGUGUGUAUAUAAAGCUAGCAUUAAGUACCUGAUGUUUUUUUUUCCCUCCUGGGCUUUCGUGAGGAUUGAACUCCAAUAAAUUAAUAAAAAUGUCUAAAUUGACGCAAUUUAGACCGCAUAGCCAUCAAAUAACCCAUUUAAUACGCAAAUUUAUUAAAUAUCUUUUAAAAGUUUAAUUUUCAAAUAAAUAUUUGGAUCUGCAUCACGCCAUAUUAAUAUCAGUAUUGGCAGAGGCGAAUACUUGAGAAAAACUGGAUAUUUAGCCAGGGCAAAUGUCCAAGGCCAUUUCCAGUUGUUCCUUACUAACAAUACACAAUUAAAUGUGUAUGUAAAAUUAUUUGGGUACAUGUUGCAUAUAUCAUAAUAGCAGCAAAGGGUGCAUUCAUCUGUCAUAAUAAAAGAUUUUGAAAUGAACUUUGAAAAAAAUGUACAGGCUUCUGGUAAAAAGUAAAAAUAUUCUUAUGGAAGGAAAGUUCAGCUUAGGCUGCACAGGCUUAGAUAACAUUAUCAAAUAUUUAUAAUUAACAUAUGGAAUAAAUCAAAUACUCUCCUAAUAGUGAUCCUCAAUUUCUCUGCAAUUAUUUUAUUUCUUAUAGUUUACAUAUUUCCAAAAUAUUUUUGUCCAUUAAUAAUCUCAUGUUUCACAGUAAUGAUAAAUAAAUUCUUUCACUUCCUGCAAUCUUUUGGAUAGCACACAUAUUUUGAUUUUAGUCUUUUCUACCAUUCCUUCACAUGACUUGAACGCAGUCAUUCAUUUAUUAUCCUUACAUUACAUUAAGGACCUAUAUCAUGAAUCCAAUCAUUCGUGGAAGAGUCGUUGAACCUGAUCGUAACAAAAUAGAAGCUUAGACCUACAGAUGUUCAUGAAGUUUCAAACCCUUCAAUUCUUCAUUGGCCUAAUUCUCUUUUUAAUCUCAGCAAGUCACUGGAUCCCAUCAGAGCCACCCCAUAAAAAUCAUAGAUUUUAUUGGACCCAGUAAUAUGAAAAUGCUUUUAAGUUUUCAUCACCACUAAAGUGGCUGUUGACUAUAGGCCAAGUACUAGUAUGUCACUUAAGGAAAUUGCGUCGGCAGGGUGUCGAGCGUGAGCUCUUAAUGCCCUCCCUGACGCACCUCCACACAGCCCAGACGCUGGGUCUCCCUGUUGCCGGACCGCCCCCACCUGCAACCGCCUAAUUGUAUUUGCAGAUGGAGGUUUUUCCCGCCCAAGAACAUCCAGUCAACCUAAAAUGUUGUGUUCAAAGCGUUCGCAGCCCACUCUCCCGGGGAGUUGGGAUGGUACAUUUUCGUCCCAAUAUCUUCCCCCACCCAUCCCGAAGAAGCGUCAGACACCCUAUAAGAGGUUUUCUUCAGUGGGUUUCUACUAUGCGACUAGUUUGCGAAGUAGCGGGGGGACAAAACGGUUGCCUAGGAAUAGCUUUCUCAGGGCUGUGUACUUAGAUCAUCGGCUAGAGAUUUCCACCUUCGCCUCUAGCCUCAUAUCCAUUAACGGCAACUUGUAAUCAUGAUCCCUACCCUGUCUCUGCCUUUUCUUCCAACUGUGAGGCCCCAAGUACUGGUAAUACUAGUAUAUUCUGAUUUCUGAUAAGAGAAAAAUAUCAGCAAUGUUUGUUGGUCAUUCUUAUGCGAGAUCCUCCCUAACUUCAACUUUGGUACAAAACCUCUCUGAUCUGAAAUUAACUUGUCAGCUCAGCAUAUAAAUAUUCUUGUGACAGUGAGACUCAAGACAGUAUCAGUAACUCAAAUGAAGUCUGAAGUGGAGCAAUAUUCAUGCACACAAUUAUUCAAUGAAACAUGGGGAAGAAAAGUCACAUGCCAUAUGUAUAUAAUUUUUUAUAAAACGAUUAAAAUAUACAGACUCAUUAAAAAUAUCAAGGAUUUGAGUAACAAGUUCAUGUUCUUAAAAUAAAUAGUCCUAAGUUUAAGUACAUCUUAAAAAUAACAAACAAAAUUUAAUUCUGUCGACUCAUUCAUGCAACGCCACUCAUUAUUGAUUUACCAACGCAUUAGUCCUAAUAAUUAAUUUUUAUUAUUAUAUUUCUUGGUGGGUCUGAGGCCACUAAGGGAAUUACUAGCUUCAGAAUUAAUUGUAAAUUUAUGACCCAAUUCAUGCUUUCAAAAACUUAUUUGUUAUCAUCAGUGUCAAGCUGUGCAAAACUCUCCUUGAAAAUGAUGCUCAGCCCAAACAGUUGCCAAAGAGAAAUAUUAAAAGAGCCCUCUAUGAAGUUUGCUAUGCAGUCAAUCAUAGUCAGUUAAAGAUUGAACAUGCCACUUCUAUUUUCUCAGAAUUAAAGGUAUAUAAUUUUCUACUUGAAUUUUACGUGUUACAUCCUAACUUAUUGUAUGUAGGCCUAAUAUAAGCCAUAAAGUAAAGUAUCUCUGGAUGAAAAUUGCACUAGUCACUAACAUCAAUCCUUAGGGCCAUGAAUAUUAAUUUUAAAAUAAAGUAAAUACAUUAUCACAUUUAAUGAUAAUAGCAGUUUUGUUUCAUCAUUUAAAAUAUUUUUUGUUUUGUAGGAUGCAUUUCCAUUGCUUCCAUCUGCCCUUGCUGAUGUUUUAGGAAUUGUUGGUAAGAAUUUUCCUCCCAUGAUUGUCAAGUAGUUACAUUUACUUAUUUUUAUUUGAUUAAGGUGUUUAAAUUUAAUGUUUCAAAUUUAUUCCAUUGGAUUUUUUUGUGGUGAUUCUAAUAAUUUACUUUUCAAUAUCUCUAGAUGUUGAGACAACUUGCUCAGAUGAAGCUGUCAGGGAUAAAUUUGUUUCUUUUGUUGGGUCUUUGAGGGUAAGAAUAUUUUUAAAAAAUUAAUCCUAAAUAUAUUCCCUUAAGUUUGUUAUUUGGUUAGGGAUUUUGGUAUAGGAUUGUUUUCAGUGUCACAUUAAUCUGUAUAAAAUGAUUAUCUUACUUUUUAACACAUAUAUCAUUACAUAACACUUUCUAGUGAUUAAAAUUUUUAAUUUUUUUUUUGUAGUUUAGUGUGAGAUGUGUGUAAAUCUGGAUGAAAAAAAAAGAUAAAAUAUUAAAAUGAAUCACCAGCAAAAUAAGUAUAGUUUUUGUGUGUUUGCACGACUAUAUUGUAAGAAGUAUGUAUGUAGGUUUGUUGUUUUUUUCAUUAAAAAAAUAAAAUAAUUAAGAUCAUAUUUUUGUAAUCUUUAGAAUGUAGUUGUGCCUGAUGGACUGCUUAAAGAAAGACUUGACCAGGAUUCAUUAGAACUUGCUGGUCUCGUCAACUCUCAAAUUGGAUUCAAUCAGAAAUAUGUCAAGACCAAGACUCGAUUAUAGUAAGAAUAUUUUAUUUUAAAUAUGAAAUUUAAAUUUUAUUAUUGUUACAAAUUGUCCAAUCUAAGUGACAAAAUCCAACUAAACAAUAUUUUAUCCUAGUUACAAGCAACAAAAAUUCAACUUGCUCAGAGAAGAAAGCGAAGGCUAUUCCAAACUUGUUACAGAACUUAAUCCAGACUUUGGCUUAAAAAAUUCAUGGGAGCAAGCUCUUCAAAACAUCAAGUCGUUGAUUGGUAAGUAAAAUAAAUAAAUAAAUAUAUAUUAAUAUAUUUUUAAGUGAUGAAUCAACAUUAUAAAUUGUAGAUCGGAAUUAACAUCCAUUGAGUAAAUAUAAUUAUUUUUAUGUUAAUUAUUUCAGGUUGUUUUGAUCUUGAUCCAAAUCGUGUGUUAGAUAUCAUACUUGAAGGUUUUGAAUGUCACCCAGAGGAGCAUGUAUUUUAUGUUCCUCUCCUACGUUCAUACAUAAUUGACAAACUCACUCUAUGUCAUAUCCUGGGAUUCAAGUUUCAAUUCAGAGAGGUAAUUUUUUCAUAUCUCAAAACAAAAAUUCAGUGCAUGCAAAUUCAAGAUUAAUUUUUGCAUAAAGUUUGUUUUAAUUUCUUAGAAAAGGAGUCUUGGUAAUAGUAAUUUACUUUUGUCUUCAAGUGUCAAAUUCUUUUUUCUCUAUAUUUUUGUGUGCUUUUUGACCAUAAUUUUUGUCUUUUUUUAAGAAACAAAAUUAAAACAUUUAAUAUUUCCAUUUUUUACCCUCAUAAUGUCUGUUAAAUUUUGCAUAAAAACAUAAAAGAAUAGUUGAUUUCUUCCCAGUAUUAAACAUUUUUUUAUCAUCUUGAUUAUUUUAUAGAUAUAUUUCUUCUCUUACUGCAUUUGGUUUUUGGUUCUAACAAUAAUUUCUUUAAAAUUUUUCAGUCAGCUGAUUGUAGCACCCCAGUGUCUUUGUUCAGAUGUGCAGCUUUAUUACUUAAACAUGAAUUAGUGGAUCUUGAUGAUUUAUACCCUUAUGUAAGUUCCACUUGAAUUUAUAAGAAUUAUUUCUGUUAGAAGAGAGUUUCAACAUAUUAAAAUGGUCCAAUAUAUAUCUUUGAAGUCCAGUCUAAAAGAAUAUGUGAUGUUUUUCAGCUGUUACCAUCUGAUACUGAAAUCAUUCCCUUUUACAACAAAGAGGUAGCAGAUGCUAAAGCCUAUGCCAGAAAGCUCCAAACUGUGGUUUUGUCUGACAAAAAAGAUGAUGAGAAAAAAGAAGAUGAGCAGCAAAUAAUUGAUCUGGUAAUUAAAGCUGAGCUUCUAUUUUAGUAUUGGUUAAAAAUAUUAAAAACGUUGGUUUUGUUUUGAACACUGUAUGUAAAAUAUUGAGUUAGUUAAACUUUACUGACUCACUACCAGCUCUUUAUCCAUCAUAUUUUAAUGAGAUUAUUCAGCUGUUUUACAACUUAAAUUAUUUACUAUUAUAAUAUUUUAUUAUUUUGUGAUAUCCCUCAACCUUUCCAGUCCCAAUUAUCAAUUUAAAAAAAGGGUGAAAUAAAAAUUUUAAAUAAAUGUUUAAACUUUCACUAAUAUUUCUGCCAUAUUGCAGAGAGAAAACAAUCAAAAGCUGGGACUUUGUGAGGCUCUUUUAGACAUUGGAGCAUGGGAAAAUGCCAAAGCAAUACUUGACAGGCUGCCUGAAAACUUUGCUGUUGUUUAUCCGUCCAUCUCAUUUGCCUUGUGUUCUCUCAUACACAGAGUGCUUGAACCAGUUUAUGAAAAGUGAGUUUUUGUUACUGAUUUAGUUUUCAGAUCAUGACUUUCAGGAUGUGGUGUUAUUUUUUAUCACUUAUUUCUACCGUGAAAGCUUUAGCCUUAUGGUUUAUGAAAUUGGCAGGCUUGACAUUUGAAUGACUACCAUGUGCUUGGUUCACAAAUGAAUGGUGGGAUAAAAAGUCCUUUUAUUUAUUUUUUUUUAACAUAGUUUUCCAUAAUAACUAAUGGGCCAGCUACUGGUAUUAUUUUUGCAAUUAUUUAGAUAGAAAAAUAUGAUUUAAAUGUAUUUGUUUUUUCCACCUAGGAAUAUUGGGUUCAGUCCCUUGUUAGCCAAGAAAAGGAUAAGAAGUGUGCAAAUCUGCGACAGCCCUCAAGCCCACACCUUUCAACAACUAUAUCAUCUAGCCAUGCCAAUGUUGUAUUAUCUAGGCCCAUAUGCAUCUAAAGACCCUGUUUUGAUGGUGAAAAUUAUAAGACUUACAAAAACAUUUAUGACAAAGGUGAGGAAUUGCUUUGAAAAUUAUAAUUUUGUUCAAUUUUGGCUUCUGUGGAAUUUUUAAAGACUAAGCCAGAGUCCUUUUCUUAGAUUUCUCAUCAGCAUUUAACACUAUCCAACCACACCUUAUGAUAAAGAAACUUUCCUCAUUAGGUGUCAAUUUAACCCUUUACGGGGCAGAGCGGUCGAAAACGUCUUUACCACUUAAAGGGCAAAACGCCCAAAAGUGGUGCCCGUUCAGGACAUACAAGAGGAAGUACCUCUGCCCCGUAAAGGGUUAAAUAUUCAGGCUUGGAUACUGAACUUUAUAACAAAUUGACCACAAUAUGUCAAAGUAAAUAACCAAUUAUCUCUAACCAGAGAAUUAAGCACAGGGGCACCACAAGGCUGCGUUCUCUCUCCUGUACCGUAUACCAUAUAUACCAAUGAUAUUCAAAGCUCAAGCAACACUGUUCCAAUCUUAAAAUUUGCUGAUGAUACCACUAUUGUUGGCUUAAUAUCUGAAGGAGAAGGCCUAUACCGCAAUUUAGUUACAAGCUUUAUCAAUUGGUGCGAUGAAAAUUUUCUCCAGCUGAAUGUCUCAAAAACAAAGGAACUGGUUGUUGAUUUCAGGAGGGGGAAACACCAGAUUACAGACCUGUUUACCCUCAAACUCUUAAAAUCGUACAAUAUCAUCACAAAAUCGUUCAAUACACUAUCUUAAUACUAAAAAAAUAAACAUGUAUACACCUCAAAAUCGUACAUUGUAUGCCGAAAUCGUAAGAGUAAACAGGUCUGAGAUUACAGAUCUCAACAUAAAAAAUCAACAUGUGGAGAAAGUGGAGGCAUACUUAGGUGUCACCAUUAAUAAUGAGCUAACAUGGCAUGAGCACGGCCAAAUGCUGUAUAAGAAAUUCACCCAAAGACUGUUCUACCUCAAAAAACUGUACAAUUUUUGCGUAAACAAGCACAUCAUUAACUUAUUCUACAGUGCAACAAUUGGAAGCCUACUUAAUUUCAGUAUUACCUGCUGGUUUGGGAAUUCAACGUCUGAUAUUAAAAACCGCAUAAACCGACUAAUCAAGAAAGCUAGGAACAUAACACAAACUAAACAUCCUUCACUUGAAGAACUAUUUGAAGAAAGAUGUUUUUGUAAAACUAAACACAUUUUGGAUGAUACAUCCCACCCUCUUCAUCACAAAUACUUAGGAUCGGGCCGUUCGGGAUAAAUUCUUUCCAUCAGGGCGAGGACUGAAAGAUAUAAAAAUUCUUUUGUACCCCAAUCUGUAUGGAUUUACCGGCGUGCUCCCUCUGAAGUCACACAUCUUCAUGAGAACUAAAAAGUCCCCGAUUUGGCUAAGACUACUCACUGAAUGGCUGUUUGAGAUAAUUUAUUAUAAAUGUCUUGUCUUCAAAUUGUUUUUUUAUAUGCUGAAAAUGUAUAAUGCAAUCACAAACCAUUUCCAUUUAUUUGGAUCAAUAAAAGAAUCUUAUCUUAAAAUGAUUUUUUUUCCUUUUCAUAAUCAGUUGUUUUAAUUUAAUGACUUGUAUGAGUUUGUGUGGACUCAAAAAUGUUAACAUCAAUUGCAUAUAAUUAUUUAAGGUCUGAUUGUACAGUAAAUUAUUAAAAGAAAAUAUUUUUUAGUCUUAGUGAAUUUUAAAUCAAGCUUAAUGUGUUGAUAGUAAUACCACAUUACCUUAAUCUUCCUAUAGGUGAGUAAAUUAACUUUGUUAAAUUUUUCAGCGUCAUUCAGGUGGCAUCGGCCCUGAUGAUGACAUAGCCUACUAUGGAUUCCUGAAUGCUAUUGAAGAAGUUUUGCUGCCAUCACUUUCACUCCUGCCCAGUAAUUGUUCUAUGGCUGAAGAACUCUGGAGCCUUCUUAGACUUUAUCCAUAUGAGAUUAGGUUAGAAUUCCUAAAUUGAAACAGUUAAGAAUUUUAAAUAUACAUUUGCUUUAACUGUAUUCAUGUUUCUAUUUUAGGGCAAUGUGAAAUUACUUUAAUAAAUGUGUGUUUGUUUAGGUAUAGACUAUAUGGCACAUGGAAAAAUGAAUCUUACCUCAGCUAUCCUAUUCUUAUACGAGCUCGUGCUGAUUGCAUUGAUCGGGCCAAGUAUAUUAUGAAGUGAGUAUGAUAAAUAUUAGUUACUUUAUUACUGACCUCUUUGUCAAAGUAUAUUAAAUUUUUCAAAAACUUGAUACAAUCAUUUCCAAUUUCGGGAUAAUAUUUUAUACUUAUCUGACUUCUAGGCGCCUCUCAAAAGAAACAGUGAAACCUUCUGGUAGGCAGCUUGGAAAGCUCAGCCACAACAAUCCUGGCAUUGUCUUUGAAUAUGUAAGUGAACAUUUACCUAGCGUGUACAAAAAAAAAAUAAGCUAAUAAGCUAACUGAUUUCUCUUUUGGAUAAGUCAAUGAAGAAAAAAAGUACUUUGUCCCAUUCUUAAAUUUAAAAUCUAUGAUGAUUAAACCCAUAUUUAAGUUAUGACCUGUGAAAAACACUUCACCCGUCUAUUGAAUAAGAAAUUAAAAUUAAUUCUAUGUCUUUUUAUCUGUAGGUUCUGAAUCAGAUACAGAGAUAUGACAACUUGAUUGGUCCUGUUGUUGACUCCUUCAAGUAUUUGACAACUAUUUCAUAUGAUAUGUUGACUUGUAUCUUUUACAAUGUGCAAUAUUUAAAAUUGUCAUAGCUUUUGAGAAAAGAUCAGCAAAUAAUUAUUGUUUGUUGAUGUUUUAUAAAAAUGUACUUAUCAUUAGCCUGAAUACACAUUUAUCAUAAAAUCUUCACCAUUAACCUUACAAAUAAUAUAGUUUGCAUCAUUGAGGCUAUUGCUAAUCCUGAAAAAGACCGAAUGAAAACUGACAAUAUGAACAUAUCUCUCUGGUUGCAAAGUGAGUUUUUUCCCCUUCUGUUUUCUAAAUUAAUUCCUUAAUUUCAAUUGUUCAAAGAAAUUAUUUCAAUUUGAUACAAAUUAAAUGGCAUGAAGGUAAAUUACCUUGAUGUUUUAAAUCUAAGGUUAAAUGUAAAAAUAAAUAUAGGUUAUAAUUUCUAUGUUAUUAUUAGUUUAUUUUCUCCAUAAAUUUAUAUCAUCAGGUUUGGCUAACUUUGCUGGAGCUAUAUGUCGUAAAUAUCAGGUAGAGCUGACAGGAAUCUUGCAGUAUGUGGCCAACCAACUCAAAGCUGGCAAAAGGUGUUUAUUUUUGUUUCUCUUAAGAAUUUUCAAGUAUUGUCAGUUUAAUUUUUUUUUAAACAUUGAGUUUUAACUGACAUAUUCUGCUUGAUAUGAAUACUCAAAAUCACAAACUGUUAUAUAUAAUGAUUCAUAACAAAGGGUGGCCAACCAAUUCUAAAUUUCAUUUUUUAACUUAAACCUAUGUUGACUUUAUUGUUAGGUAAUUUUUUUUUUUAUUAUAAGAUAAAAUCAUUUUUAAUCCUUACAAAUAUACAACUAAACAUAAAGGCUGAUUAAGUUAUAGUGAUAAUAAUUACUUAUAGAUAUAUGUUUUAUUUAUUUUUAUUUUUUUUAUCAAGUAUUGAUUUGCUCCUGUUGAGAGAGGUCGUCCAGAAGAUGGCUGGUAUUGAAAUAUCUGAAGAAGUAACAGAUGAUCAAUUGGAAGCAAUGGCUGGAGGGGAACUUGUAAGACAAGAGGUACAGGGAAAUAGUUUUUCCCCAAAUAAUUUCUAAAAAAAUUAACUGUUAUUGUGAUCUGUUACUGAGCAGAAUUGACUCCUUGUUUUCAUAAUAACCACAAGAAAUUUUUGUUCUCAGCAUAAUUCAUUUCUUGUUUCACAAUUAUUCUUAUUAUGCAAGUGAUAUUUUAAUUUAGAGUUUUAAGAUAACGAAUAUAUAUCAAUAUUUUUUGGGUCAUUUUUAAAUAAUAAACAUUGGUUUUAAAACUUGUCAUUUAACUUUUGUAGGGAAGCAACUUUUCUCAAGUCCGUAAUACCAAAAAAUCAUCAACUCGUCUGAAAGACACAUUGCUAGAGCAUGACCUUGCUUUGUCUUUAUGCUUGCUUAUGUCUCAGCAAAGAGACAGUACAGUAUUUGCAGAAGAUGCAAACAAACAUUUGAAACUGGUUGGCAAGCUAUAUGACCAGGUUAGUGUUGGAAGUUAUGUAUGUCACUAGAGCUUCCCAGUUGGCACCAAGAAUUCACAUUAAAAAUGUAAUAAAUUUGAAAUAUGCAAAAAAAGCUUCUGAAAAUCUUUCAAUUAUUUUCAAAUAAAUCUUGAACUUCCACAUAUAUUUAUGUAUGUCAAUGGUUCGGUGAAAUGAUUGUUGAAGAAAUUGACUAUUAUUAAUCUACUGACCAAUAUAUGUCAAAAAAUAAUUAAUUAUAUCUUAUUAUGUUGAGUAAUUAAAUUAUUGUUUUCUGAACAUGGUAAUUAGUAAUCAUUGGCUUGUAAAGAAAAUUAACCUCAUUAGAUUCUCAUAUUAAAAUUUACAACUCAUCUAUUUUCAGUGUCAGGACACACUGGUACAGUUUGGCAGUUUUCUAUCAAUGCAACUGAGUACAGAAGAAUUUGUGAAAAGACUGCCUCCUAUAGAUGUUCUGUUGUCUACUUACCAUAUACCCCAUUCUGCUGCCUUUUUCCUCUCUAGACCUCUCUAUGCACAUGCCAUUAAUGUAAGUUCUUUGUAAUAUACUUACAGUUCAAUCUCCCAAAAUGUUGGUUCUGUCAAAGGACAUGGUUCAAUUAUGUAUUGAAAUUCUUAACAAUUUUUUAUCAACAUAAAUUCAUACAUGCCCUAUAUUGCUGUGUAUAAUGUGCAAUAUUUUUGGUAAAAAAAUGCUAUCUAAAAGUAGCUAUUUUUAUUGUACAUGCGUAAAAGAUAUAUAUUAAUGCCUAUGCAACCAUAUCUUGGCCUACUUACUUUCUGCGACCAAGUGCGCUAACACAAGUAUUGUAAGCAGGGCCUCGUAUGUGACCAGUAUAUAUUAUAAUUUUGUUUAAAAUUGACAUUUUUAUUUAAAAUAAAUUUCCUCUGUUCAUAUUGUAUUAUUAUGGACUAGUUUAAAUAGGUUGCAUUAUUCAUGGACAUGGCAUUUUAGUUAUUUUUUCAAGGAAAAGUUAGGGGUUUGCAUUAUAUGUGGAUCACAAAAUAUUCUGAAAUACAUGUUAAUCAUCCAAUACUUUUCUCUAUAGGUGAGAUAUGAUGAAUUAAAGAAGCAAGAAAAGGACAAAGACAAGAAGGGCAACAAUAAAGUAGGUUCCUGGGGAAAAAAAAAAAUUUUUAGGAAACAUUUUGAUAUUUUUUGACAAUUAUGAAUAAUUGUUUUUAAUUGUUGAUAAUUAAUGCAUUGUCACAGUAUAGUUUCCAGACUUUUAACAUGUUUUAAAAUAUUUAAUCUAGGCUGAUUUAAUAUUAUGUUGAUCCCUCAUAUGGAAUAUAAGGCCAGCUACUGACAACAUUGUUAGGGAUCGGUACAAGUGCCAAAGAUCAUAUUUGUACAUGUUUGAACAGAUUGACUUAAUAAUAUUUGUCACCUGAAUUCUUAUUAACUUAACUUAACAAAGGAAUGGUGAGUGGCUGAAUAUUCCUAAAUUAAGUAUUUAUCAGAGGGUUGGAAUGGAAUAAAACUUACGCACAUAAAAAGACAUUAGCUCAAAGUGUAAACACUUAGGUGAAGCUUUAUUGAAUGCAAAUCAAAUUUUUAGCACUUUUGAGUCUUUGAACUAUAUCACAUAAUGUACAGUAGUAAUAGUGCAAUAUAAUAAUGAAGAAUAAGGGAUGGGCAUUUUGUCAUAGCAUUAAAAAUAUAUGAAUUAUGAUGUGUGGAUAGUAAACUGUUGUAAAUAUCAACAACCUUAAUAAUUUUUCAGUUUUAUUGACUUGUGCUUAGGUCUGUAAGUCACUGGUGCAUUAAGCUCAUUUAAGCAGGUAGCAACUGAGUUACCCACUCAUAUUACUUCAUGGUUUGUCUCUAAAGAGAAGUCAUUGUCUUAAUUCUGCUUGUCAAUGUAUUUUCCUUACAAUUUCUUUCUGGUUAACUUUUAGAUUACAAUAACCCAGAUUUUAAAUGUCUAAAAUUCCCCAUUGAUACUUGUUUUAGUGUGUUGAGACAUGGCAGAGUUGUUUAUUAUUAUACAAUUGUUUACUAAAACUGUCACCAAGGCGAUGGUCCAUCUUAACAAUACUCCUCUUUUAAAUGUGAUUUCUAUUUACCUGUCUUGCUAGUUAGAUAUUUUGAGUUUCUUUAGUUUAGUAAUCAGAGUUUGAUGUACGACACGUCCAUGAAACACACAUAAUUUUAACCAAAUACUUCUUCUUUGUACAUAUAUCUUGUAUUUAAUUUUUAUCUAGGCAACUUGUUAUAUCAAUGCUUCCAAAGAAGUGAUGGGACCAAUUGUUGAAGCCAUCAAGCCAGUUUUCUCAUCUAAAAUAUGGGAUGAUCUCACGUGAGUUCAUCUAUGUAAUUGAUUUAUAUGUACUUAAAUUUCAAGUUUUUAAAUUUAUAAUUGAGUAGACUAUUCAGAUACAGUUUUGGUAAUAAAAGUUCUUUUAUUUCAUUAAACCAGGCCACAGUUCUAUAUCACCUUCUGGUCAUUAUCUAUGUAUGACCUGUAUGUCCCCACAACAGCUUAUGAAAAACAGAUUGCUCUACAAGAGAGUCAAAUCAGUGCCGUUGAGGCCAACAGAGAUAUGGUUUGUUUUGAAUUUAUAUUUGUGCACAUUUGCUUUAACAUCUUAAAUUAGUUACUCAUAUUAAUGAAUGUCCCCUGCAAAAUUAAGAUCCAAAAUCCUUACAAAAUUCUGAGUUACAAUGUUUAAACGGCCUUUUUAUUAAUUUUUCAGCCAGCAAGUAAAAAACGAAAGGAACAAGAGCGUUGCAAAAUAUUGAUAGAUAAAUUGAAGGAUGAAGCAAAAAAACAAACAGAGCAUGUUCAGAGGGUGACAGAACGACUAGAAAAGGAAAAAGAGCUUUGGUUUCCCACUGGUAGAUCAUCUUUUAAAAGUUUUAGUUUUCGAUGUUUUAUCUCAAAUAUCUCUACUUUUAAAGUAACCUCUAAUUUAUUAAUUGUAUCUCAGACACAAUUUUGUGCUUUGGGGACAUUUUAGUAAGAUAAAUGGAAAAAGAAUGAACGAAACUUAUGUGAUCCACUAACAUGUACUUAAAAAAAACUGUGAUAAGCAUAUCUUUUAAAUUGUAUUAUGGAUUGCUUACUAUUGAUAUUGUUUAUCUACACCAGCGGUUCUCAACCUGUGGGUCGCAAUCCCUAUGGGGGUCAAAUGACCCUUUUACAGGGGGCCACGUAAGACCAUCCGAAAACAUAUAUACUCUAUGAAGAAGCAAAAAAAAUAAUUUUGUGUUUGGGGGUCGCCAAAACUUGAGGAACUGUAUCAAGGGGUCGCGGCAGGAAGGUUGAGAACCACUAAUCUACACAUUUAGAAAAAUGUAUAUUUGAGAAGAACAUUUUAAAAAAAUUGGGGGGCAGAAUUAUUAAUGACUUAUUUCCUAAUAUGACAUUGCAGGAACAUUGAAAUCUGAGAUGACAACCAACCUGCUUCAAUAUUGCUUGUUUCCUCGCUGUUGCUUUACUGCAAGUGAUGCUGUUUACUGUGGCCAUUUUAUUCAAGUUCUCCACAACCUUAAGACUCCAAACUUUUCUACUCUUAUCACCUAUGACAGAGUAAGAAAAUUCAGAAUUUUAUAUAAUUCUUGUUUUACCUAAUGACUCUGUUUAUUUGAAAUUUUGGAAUGUAUAUUAUUUUUUAAAAAAAUGUUUAAGUAUUAUAAUUAUUUUAUAUUUUUAAUAAAUACAGGUAUUUAAUGACAUAACAUACACAGUGACAAGCUGUACAGAAAAUGAAGCUCGGCGAUAUGGUAGAUUCUUGUGUAGUGCCCUGGAGACCAUCAUGAGAUGGCAUAGCAGCCCCGCCAUAUAUGAAAAGGUCAGUGUAAAUUAUUUGUUGUUGGAUUUUAAAAACAAUGUUUUAGUCCAUUGACUUGAUUCUUACUGAGGGUUUCUGCUGCUUUGUCUGUCCAUGGGUGCACAGAUUGCUAAGGCCAGUCCUUACCAAAGAAAUUUUGUUUGCAGUAGGAGCAAGGGAGGGACUGGCGAUCUCUGGGUGCAUUAGGGGCACUGGCUUUUAUGGAUUGCCUCUCGAGUUCUGGAGCAGCUGAUCUGUUGGAUUCAUGAAGCUUUGUGUAUUGAAGACUGCCAAGACAUUCGAUACUUGUUUGUUCCCACAAGUCUGGGUUGAUGCAGAGCACUUUUAGUUAGGCUUUUAAGAUGACUUUUAUUAUGAUGUUUCUUCUAACUUUCAACAAGCCUCUUUUGCCAUGCUGAAGCUCACCAUAAAAUAUUCUCAUCAAGUGGAAUUUGUCAUUGAUGUUAAUUUUUUUUUUACUUCAGGAAUGCUAUAACUACCCAGGAUUUCUAACAGUGUUUAGAAAAGGCACGGACCAGAAUAAUAAAAUGGACAGGCUAGAUUACGAGAACUAUAGGCAUGUUUGCCAUAAGUGGCACUUUAGGCUAACAAAGGUAAACAAAUUAAUUAUAGCUGGACUCAGGGUUCCCGCGGCCUCCUGAAAUUCCAGGAGCUCCUGGAAAUCUCCUGGAAUUUGAAAAAAAUGAUAAAAUCCUGGAAAACUCCUUAAAUUCUAAAAUUUUCUCCUUAAAUGUCCUGAAAUUUUUGUUUCCACAGAGGGUAAAAAAAAACUUGGUCGCAAUAGUUAUUUUAUUAAUUUUUGUUCUAUUCAAGUGGUAGACUAUUCUAUUUUUAGCCCUUCUGUCAUCAAUACGAAAUUUCCAUAAUAAUUCUAGUGGUUUCCCCUUACCCCCGCAUGCGCUUUACGAGUUUCGGAUAUGAUAUGGCGUACCGUAAUGCUUAGAUAUAGCAGAAUUUUUUUCGCUCUGUUCAAUUCGCCGUUCAACGGAUUUUUUGGGUAAGUAUUGUGUAAAAUACAGUAAAUAGAUAUUUAAAUGUGGUUUUUUAAAAAUAUUUUGGUUACUAUUAUGAAUAGAAAUCUACUGGCCCGAUCGCUGUAUAAAUGACUAAACUUAGUCUAUUUUUUUUUUUUAAGUUGAUUUUAGAUAGUUUUACACUGUAGAUAAACUGGAGAAAGCGUUUUAGUUUUAGGGUCAUUUUUCUAAGUUUUCAAAAAAGUUAAUGAACUUACUUAUCCUUACAGUAUUCAAAAGUAGUAUUAAAGUUUAAGGAAUAAAAUUGAUACGUGAAUAAAGUUUAAGUCUUUAUCUGAUGAAUUAUCUUACUUUUAUGUCUUUAACACGAGUUUGAAAAGUAUCAGUAUCAGCGUUUUCGCGAGUAUAGUGUUUUAAACGCUCGCGGCUGUUUGUUAUCUUAUGAGUUUGGUAAAUAAACUUAGUUAGCCUUAGAGUGAGGUCUACUCCAGCCCCAUGACCAAAGAUGAAGAAUUUGGGUAAUUUAAAAAUAUUAACAAGCGGUAGUAGGCCUUUAUUUAUAACAAUAAUUUUGACACAUAUUUUUUAAACAGAGUUUAUAGUGCUAGGCCUGUUUUAAAGUUAAUUUUAAAUAGUUCUUCUAGAUAGGAAGAUAGGCUACUAAAUAAAAUGUUAUGUCAUAAUGUUAUUUUUGCAUAGCAUAGUUUAGGAUGACCUCGGAACUUCAUUUAAAAGUUAUUAAAACUAGCUGAUGCACCCAUUGAGCCUCAUAUAACUUUACAUAGUUAGUCCUCAUAGUUAUUUAUACAGGUACUUAAAAAUUAAUUAAUGCACCCCUGUGCUCUAGGUAUAAUUUGCGGUAUUAUACUAUACGUUUAUAACCACAGUUGUGUGGUUUGGGGAAAGGGGGGUGGGUUACUUUAGAGAUUUAAAUAAAGUUGUUUCUUUGUGAUUGACCCAUUCACUUGUUUAAAAUCCGGUCUAAGCCAUUACAUAGGUAUAUGUCUAUCUUAGGUUCUCUUCUGCCUAUGUAUUAUUAGUUAAGUACCAGUAUAAUAUAGUCUAUAUUAUGUUAACCUUAUUGUAGACCUAAUAUGAUAAUAAUUUAAUUCUAUUUUGUUUCACUAUUCAGGGUCUAGGGUAAAUAAAAUAAUGCACAACAGUUCAUUUGAAGACUGAUGGUUAAGAUCAGAUAGCAAUCCUGGUUGAACAAGCCAUCACUGCUACUCUAUACUGAGUCAACCCAAGCUAGAGGACUGGAGUUCAAUCCCCAGAAAAUGCCCAGACAAGCAAAAAUAUCAUGUCGGGUAUGCCUUGAAUGGCAACUUAUAUUAGAGAAGGAAACUAUGAAAUCGAACCCAGUGAUGGAGUCCCGUAGACGUUAUGGCAGUGACAUAAUGAAAAUUGUGACAAAAUCCUAAGACGUAGAAAGCAUAAAGAGCAUACUGAAACAUACACACUCACUGCUGGUAAUCUACUGCAGCCUGGUCUAUAUCCAGUCGUCUUGACUAAUCUUGCCAUUGAAUCAAAUAGGAUGAGAGAGCGGGUCUGAAGAAUUGAGCAACUCUCCCUAAAUUUAAACAAAAUACAGCUCACAUGAACGAUACUGCUCAAGUCUUAGUGAUCUUCAUGUGUACAGGAUGACAAACAAAAUUGGAAAUAUUUAUAUCAAGUUUAUUUGCAGGACAGUUCUCUGAUGCCAUGAAAAUUAGGGGAAAAUGAUCAAUAAACAUCAAUAAUCUGAGAGUUCCUAGUUUUUUCACCUGCCCCAGGUGUCCACUUUUGCAACUUCUUAGUCAAGCUCCCAAGUUAUUUGUAUCUUCGCAAAUAAAUAUUACUUGUGAUUGAAAUGGAUUAUUUUAUAACUUUAUUAGUUGUUUUUUGUUAAACAUCAAGUACAUCUUUUAAAAACCAAGUUACUCAAUUGUGUCUGAGCUCGGGACCAAAGUGUCUUUGCCGGUAUAUCCUUAAAUUUAAAUCAAAUAAUUGCUAUAGCAUGAGCAAUCCUUAGAGUAAGUACCGGUACUAUAUAAGUGCAUUUAUAUCUUGUUAUUACAAAAAAAAUUGUAUAAACGUAUAGGAUCUUUUCUUUUUUUUUUAAAUGUCCUGGAAUUUUGUAUUUUCUCCUGGAAUUUUAUUUUAGAUUUGGUGCAGGAAUCCUGUGGACUAAAUGUUACAAAAGUUCUAAAUGGAAAACAUCCAAAUAUAAUUUAGAAAGUUUCAAAAAUGGUUUUCUUUAAGUGAUUGACACAUUAAGAGGAGGGAAAUUUGUGAAUAGAAAAUAAUCUGCAUACUUCUCCUUAAACUGUGCAAUGGAAAAAUCAGAACACAAUCAAAGUGCUAUUUCCCUUAAAGUUAAGAGUUUUAUUAUAUGCAAGGGUUUUGUUGAAAACAAAGUUCUGAACAACUUUCAGAAGUGCUACUGUAUGAUGUUGGCAUUCUUCUUCAUAAAGAGGGAAGGAUAAGAAAUUUUAACAAAGUAUUUCUUAGUGUGGUUUCUUCUUCAUUUAUUUUCCAUGUAUUUUUUAAUAUUUUAAAUCUGGAUAACAAACAUUUUGUUCUACAGUCAGUUAUAACCUGCUUGGAAUCCAAAAAUUACAGUCAGAUCAGGAACUCUCUUAUUGUUCUUACCAAGGUAUGUAUACAAAGACUGAAAACUUAAAAGCACUUGUUACUAUCUGAUUUCAAGUAAUGAGAAUUCAAUUAGUUUUUUUACCAACAAAGCUUCAAUUUUAUAAUGAAAGAUAUCUGCCCACAAUGUUGUGUUUAAUUUUUAUUUUUUGCAGAUUUUGCCACAUUUUCCUCGCAUGACCCAGAUUGGAAUGGCCAUUGAGAGAAGAGUUGAUAAACUGAGCAAAGAAGAAAAGGAUGAAAGACCAGAUAUAUAUGCCUUGGCGGUUGGGUAAACAUUUAAAAACUUUUGAGAUCCAAUAUUUAGUGAUCAUAAAAUUAUAUUUACACAAAAAAUAUCUAUAAAAAUAAGACCAUGCUCAUUAUUAUUAUUUAUAGUACCAUAUUAUUAAUGAACUAUUUGAACAGGUACUCUGGACAGCUCAAGAGUAAAAAGGCAACAUGGGUUCAAGAAACUGAGUUCCACAUUAAAGAGGUUUGUACUUUUUUUAAAUGAAUUAUUCUAAUGCAUUUUCAUGGUCUGACCGAGUAUAAUAAUAUUUUUCUUCACUCAUCCCUAAAUGUGAUCUUGUGUCCUUCACAGCCAAAGAAGCCAGCAACUGCAGCAUCUCAGAAUCCCACUAAUCAACAGAGGCAGUCUGAUGGAACAGCUGGAAGUACAGCUUCCAAAAAGGGAGAAAUAGAUGGUAUUGGAAAAUUAAAGUGCUCUGAGCAACAGCAUAUUCCAAACUAGCUGCAUUGUGUCAUCAAAUUUAUACCUUAUUAUAGUCGCAAAACUUAUCACAAAUGAUUAAUCUCUUGGGGGGAAAAACUCUAACUAGCUGUUGUUCUUGAUAUCAGACUUGAAAAGAUCUCAUUGUGCUAUUGUUUUUAUCAAGUUUCAUGCUGCUGGCUAAAAUUCAGUGCGUUUUUAAGGAGUUGAUUCAAAGUCAUAGAAACCACUGGGAAAUAUGAUAAAGAUAAGUUAAAAUAUCAACAUGAAACUCUGUCAUUGAGUUCAAAUGCAACUUAUAAGCUUUUUUGAAAUGAACUUUUUUUCUUUUAUUUACUUAUCAAAAUUAUGUAUUUAUAAUAUUCCUUUGUUUGUUCCUUGCUACACCAUUUUUUUUAGUUCUGCAACCAAAAGUUUUUGAUGAUUAGUAAAUUAUUUGUUUACUAAUUUUCUAGUUUAAUUGAAAUAAUAAGAGCUUGAUAUUUUUAUUCAAGGUAUGAUAAAACAUUUUGUGAAAAAAGAAUUAUUGAGUGUAUUUUAAAAAAUAACAUUUAAAUAAUUAUUUUUAAAACUCACUUUUUUGGUCUAGAAGAAUGUACAUAUCAACCAUAUUUUUGCAGGAAGAAUAAAAGAUACAAAGCAAGAUUUGUCUGGACGAGAUGAUAAAAAAGAAAGGGUACAGUCGGGUGAAGGGGACAAAAGAGAAAAGAAGGAAAGAACAGCUGAAAAGAAAGAAGCCAGAGAAAAGAAGGAAUCAAAAAUAAAAUCCAACAAUGCAACAGAUAGUAAUGGAAUCAUGUAAGUAUUUUUUAAUCCAAUUUUUAACUAUGUGAAUUUGCUUAAUAGUUGCUUUAAUAGUUGUUAUGUCUCAAGUGCAAGCUACUUCCCUUGAUCAUAGUGCUGAUAUUAAUAAUUGUUUUUAGUUAAUACUGACAUCUUUCUUGAAAAUAAAUGAUUUUUUUUUUUAAAUUAUGGACAAAAUCUGUUCCUUAAAAAGAUUUUUGUAUAAAUCAUAUAUGUACACCUACUGUGCUGCCAGAGUGGUUUUCUUGUCUUUGGUGUAUUCUAAGUGUUAGGGUAAAUAUUUUAUUGUUCUUUUUUUGUAUUUAAGAAAACAAAAUUUGUUCACAGAGUGAAGAAAGAAGUUAGCACCGAUCAAUACAUGAGGCAAGCAACCCUAGACCUACCUGAAGAUGCUACAAAACACAAAGAUCAGAAAACUCUCAAGGAAGAGAAGCCUAAAAAAAGUGAUCGCAAAGACAGAGAGGCCACUAAAUUAGCCAAAGAAAAAGCCAAAGAGGAGAAGAGGGAAAGGAAAGAACGUGAAGCAACUGCUAAAGAAGAAGAGAGGCAUGCCACCAGAUUGAAAGAUUAUGAGGCAAGCAUUGGAGGUCACAUGUCAUCGUCGUCAUCAUCUUCCCACCGUCGUAGUGCAGAACCUUCACCAAAACAGCUGGAUGAUAGAGGUGUGCUAAUUUUGCAUGAACAUUUUAUUUAUUAUUCCUUCAACCAAUUAAAUUGUGUCAUUUUUCAAUUUUGUAUUUUUAAUAUUAAAUAGAUAUGUCAAACACAUUUAGGACCAAAAAAAGAUAUAUACAGUGUUAUCUACAAAAGGAAAAUACUGACCAAAGAAUAUUAAUGAUUUAAUCUUCAACAAAUUUUGUGAUUUAGAUAUAUUCUGAACCUUUUAUAAAAACUAAUUCUACUUUUCAGAGUCCAAACGAAGAAGGCUGGAAGCUGGUGGUUCAUCUCAGGUUAGUAUAGAAGUGUAAUGGAAGGUUUUAGUCCUGAGACAAGUCUUGGCACUGUCUACACUCAGACCUUGACGUGUGAAUGGGACUCAAGAUAUGAGGACCCAUCAUCUAAGGUCAAGAUUGUAAAUAAAGCAAAGCAGGGAAGAAUGAAAGAAAACGUUUGAUUUUACUUGUAAAGUGAAAUCUACAAGGAUGCAGCCAAAACUUGCCGGGGGAAUCAGUACUAUUUGGAUGGACGUGAAAUGGAAUUGGAAAUUUUGACGGUCACAAGGCUUUGUUUCUUUAAAAUAAGCUGUAAAUUUAAUAUUUUAGAUUGAUCACACAAAGGAUGUCAAAAGAUGGAGAUCUUCCCACAGAAAAGAAUCACCUGUUUUUAAGAUUUACCCCUGGCUCUUCUUUAAAAAAAAAUCUCAAAUGUGAAACACACCAUUCCUAAGACCAGCCAUCAGAACCAGAUUUUCCGACAGGCUUGCCAUGUAUUUGAAACUACCCUUAUCGUGUCUCUUUUAUCUCUAUUUGACCAGUCAAGCAGUGAUAGAUGUGAAGGAUUCCAGGGCUACAAUGAUUAAGCUCACGAGUUUUUUUUUUAUAUGGAGCCUUAUUAGUUCCAGAUCUUUUAACAAGCUGACCCAUGAUGGAAUAGAUGAUCAAAAGCACAGGAAAAAAGCAUAAAUCUCAGUGUGUUACCUACCAUCUGUGAAUUGGUGAUCCCAGUUACCAUCAAAGAUGACGCUGAAAAUGAAGAGAUUUCUGUAAAAAUUAUUGUAGGCCUCAGUUACAGAUGAGCAUAUUUAUUUCCUACCUUCAAAAGAGUUUGCAACAAAGACGGAGCAUUGAAAAGCAUUGUUUAAAUCAUCAAAUGUAUGCAAAGAUCAACGUUCUGAUGUCACUUUAAUGGCAUAAUAAGGUGUGAGAAUGUGUUCAAAAAUUUCAAGAUCAUUUCUAAAUCAAGAUCCAGAUCCACUCUUUUUUAAAAAUUUUGCUUCCAAGUGCCAAGCCUUUCAUUGUCCAGCCAUGGUCCACAUUCUUCUUGGAUGCAGUUUAACCUUACCAAACUGUAUAAUCCUAGGGUCAACAGGGAAGUCGACACAUGACUUAACUUUCUGAAGUUAAAUUUCAUCAAAUUUUAAAGCACAAAGCAGCUCUGUCCAGUCCAAUCAUUAUAUAAAUACUAUAGACAUUCAAUUUUUGAGACGCAAUAUCAAACACAGCACCUUGAGACUUCUACGAUAAUAGCAUCUACCUAUUCAAAAGGCUUCAACGUUUUGCUUAGUGUACAGUACUCCGUCCUGCAUAGACGUUUCAGGAAGCUGCGUCACUCUUUACACUCAUUCAGACUGCCUGCUCAUCAUCGUCAAGUCCAUGAGGAAAAGGUCCCCUCAGCUGGCAUCAACGAGAUCCUUGAAAUGGAAGCAAUUUUUCACCACUCUCAGAGUAACCUAACCCUAGUCAGCAUCUGCUGUCUGAAGGCAUGUUACUUACAGCACCAAGAUCUCACCAGUAGCCGCUUUUAUGAACACUUUUAAAAUACCAUAUGAAAUAGCCUUCAUGCAGAAUACGAUUUGGAGAAAAAUGAUGUCUAAAUCCAUAUUUCUCUUCUGUCUAGAGAAAACUUCAUGCUCUAAGCAGUAAGUUGCCUCAACUAUCAAUUAGUGGCCCAUCACCAAUGCACCACAUUCCAACUUGUAUUCCAUCAAUCACAGCCAUUCAAUAUUCAGGCUAUUUUACCAGCACCUACCAGAGGCAAUCUUAUCAAACACACAGUCUCUUUCUGUUUCUCUCUCUCUCUCUCUCCCUCCCUUUCUCUCUCUUUUUCUGAUCAACCUUAUACUUGUGUUUUGUUUCUUUUUCGAGCAAACAAUCACAUUUUGAAAGUCAGCUUAACUUUUCCAGUGUUAAAAACAAAAUUUCAAUGCAACAUUGCCCCCCCACCCCCCCCUUUUUCCUUUGAGGCCUCCUGAGCUGUCACUGUAAAAUGAAGCUCUCUCUGUUUCAUCCACACACACACACAUGAAAACAUGUCAAGCUUCUCCCAACAUUUCAGAUGACUAAAUGUUUACAAUCAUGAUCGUUUUACUGAAUUUUUUUUUAGUGACAGGUAUCCUUGAUUAAAAACAAAAGGCCUUUUAAACAUCUGACAUAACAUCUUUGACAGAAUUACACAACAAAAUGUUUUGUGUUCAGUGUUUUAAAGCACUUGUGUGAAAGAUGGACUUAAUGUCAGCAUUCAACUUUGAAACUGUGCAUUUUUCAUUUUCUCAAGGCAUUUUUAAACUCUCACUUGUAGUUGUAUUCAAAUUAAGCUUUUCUGGGCUGACAAGAAUUCUGUUUAGUCAUAUGAAUCUAAACCUCUUCAGGAAAUAUAAGAAUUAUUUUUUUAAUUGGUUUUGACAAUCGGAGACACACUCCAUUUUAAAGUUUAUUCAUACAUCUAUAGAGAUAGUAUGUAUUUUUUUCAAAAAGUUUAUAAAAUUUGCUCCUGUGUAACAUUCUGGAUCUGUUUUUCUGGAUGUGUCAUUUAAAUAUUAGGCAUCAUGGCUUUCCAAGAUCUGAAGUGAAAUCUAUCUCAGCCAGUCAGUUAAUAUUCUUGAGUAAAAUGUAUUUGCUUGCAACAAAUGUGCUAAUUUUUUUAAGCCCCUGUAAAUAUGUACAUGUGUAAAUAGGAGUGAAGAAUCUCAAACUUCAUGAUGUCCAUCUCAGUACAUGUUUGACUGUGAAAUUGAAUUGGUAAAUGCAGUUUAUUACAAUGGGGACAAAAAAGCAAAAGAGGCUUCCAUACAACACUGCUGCCAUUCAUAUUUUAUGUAGCAUUCAAGACAUUUGUCAGUGUGCCAGUUUUAAAGUGAAUUGUUUGGUCAGAUAAAGUUCUUGUCACAUAUCUUGAGUUCACAUUAUUUUAGUCUGGUUAUCUAGUCAACUAAUUAAAUUCUGAAAAUAGUAUAGUCAGUUAUUAUGUUAGGCGAUAUCUCCACUUCAUUUGAUUUUCAUAAGCUACAUGCUAGUGCAUUAGAAGUUUUUGAAGCAUUUCUUCAAAAUGAAAUGAAGAGAUAAUGCCUUGACCUCAAUGGAUAAAACUGGUCAAAUUUAAAAGGAAUGCAAAUCUUUUAAAAAGCAAUAUAAUUUUUUUGUAUAUUCCCAACUUAACAUCACUCUGCCCUUAAAUUUAAAAGAAUUAAAAUUGUGAAGAUUUUUUUUUUUAUUCUGACAUUUUGUUAUUGUAUAGACCAAUGUAACAUUAUUAUUCUGUAACCAGUAAUUAGCUAAGUUAAUUACAGUUUUAUUUGGAUUUAGUUAAUAACAAAUUUUUUAAAAUAACUUGAAACUUUAUUAAAAUAUUACUGAAAAUAUUAUCUGCAAUCUGUACUUGUUUGAAGAAAAUCGUUUCUUUCUAAAUAAUUUAUAAAUGUUUUAAAAGGUUUUCAGUACAAAUGAAAAUGUCAUAGAGCUCUCUAUUUAUAUUUAAAAUGUAAAAAUCUCAAUAGGUUUUCAAGCCAUCAUGCCUUCAGAGCUUGUAUAUUAAAAAGGCAUUUACUUUAAAGUUAAACCCCAAAACAACCAAUAAUGAUUUUACAUGUAUGAAUAUAGGGAUAAAUAUAGUUUAGUUACUGAACCCUCAUUAUUUUUUUACUGAGUAGAAUUGAUCUUGCAAUUUUUUUGAAAUUAUAAAGUCAUACGUGAAAUUCACUUUGGUUUGUUAAAAAAAUAUAAUUUUUUCACCAGGAUUAGCGCAAUAAAAUUAAUACAAAUAUUAUUUGAAUUAUAUAUUACGGUACUCAAAACUACUGACAAAAGUUUCACAUGAAAUAUUUUUCAAACUUCAAAUAAAGCAAAGGCAUUCGGACUUGGAUUAACAGCCUUUUCAUUUCUUCUCUUGUCUUCUCCCAAGUCAAAUCUCUUUCUUGUGUAAGAUUCUAAAGCUAGCCAGUAUGUGGUUUAAGGACAUCAGCCACCUAACUUUAUCUUGUUCAAUAUGCCCUGUUAGUGAUCUGCACAGAAAGUGCAAAAUUGCAACCAUAGGUUAAAAUAAAAUGUGUGUUAAAAUUGGAAUAAAUAAUUCUUCUUUUUUAAAUUGUGGAAAUUAAAAAAAGUUUUGUAAAGAAAGUAGAGAUUACAGUAGGGCAUGUUGAAUGAGCUCUGACCAGGGAUGGUUGGAGCAAAAAAAAAAAAAAAAAAUUUGGAAUAAAUAAUUCUUUUUUUUUAAAUUGUGGAAAUUAAAAAAAGUUUUGGAAAGAAAGUAGAGAUUACAGUAGGGCAUGUUGAAUGAGCUCUGACCAGGGAUGGUUGGAGCAAAAAAAAAAAAGGACUAUAGGCUUCUAAACCAACGGCAGCUGCACCACCUACAUCAUCUCCAUCUCCUUCUUUACCACCACAACUUCAACUGCUGCAUGUCUUGUUGACAUGUUCUUCAACAACCACACCAACUUACUUCUUGAUUGCAGGAGUCACCGCUGGAUGCUCGAAGCAAGAAUAGAAAGGUGGGUAAAAUUUUCUUUGUGAAAUUCGUCUAACAUUUUAAAAAAAUUUUUAGAAUAACAAAGGAGAUAAAGCUUGUUAAGUUAUAACAGACAUGUUAAAAAAAACUUCCAUAUUAUUUAUUAAGUUAUAGUUGUACAAUUGUGAGAUAAUAUGAUCUAUUGGCUCAACCAUAGUUUAGUCAGCUUAUACUGUGGAGGACAAUAUUAUUUUGAGUCUCUUUUCCUAAAGAUACAGAUCUGACAGUAUUUAUCAAUGUAAAUGUAAUCAUUUUAAAUUGAUUAUAGAUGAAUUCAUAGUAUUUUUUUAAUGUUCAGAGUCCUAACAGUCUUGAUGCCGAUGAAUUAUUGGAAUUGGAGCGUGACAAGGAGAGGAAGGAAAAGAAGAGGGUGAGUUAUUCUCUGAAAGCAUGAAGCAUGACAAGAUAUCUCAACUCUUCUUACACAUUGUUAAAAAGAAAAAUUCAUAUCUUUAUCAACUAUAAUAUUGUUUUUUUAUCUAUAUUUAUGCCGUAAUGUACAUUUGAGUAACUUAUCAUGUACUUCUCAAGAUAAAUGUUAUAUUUGCUUGACACUCUUUAGUUUAAUGUGGCAUUUAAAAAUAGUUAUUAAAAUCAAUAGUGCUUGUUUUUCAGGACCAUUCUGUGGAAACCUAUGAUGCUGAUCUAUCUAAGAGGAGAAAAAGUGAUGACCAUCAUUCAGUAUCAAGUGAGUUUACAUGAUUAAAAUUAGUAAUGAUAAUGUAAUGCUCAAAUGCUGAAUAAUCUGACUGGAGUCAGUUUUAAGUGUAAAAUUACUAAUGUAUCAAUGUCUGUUUUCUUUUAAAAAUGAAAAAAUAUAUUAAAAAUUUUUUAAAUAGUCACCAUGUAAAUCACAUAAGGUCUUUUGAAAAUCUGAAGCUUUUAAAUGUGAGUUAUAUCUUUUGUUAUAAAAUUCGUUUCCAAUGUAUUGAUAAUUUUAUGUUAAGGAAAAUUGAAUGGUGAACCAAAUGGAUCUUCAACAAAGGUAUAUAUUGAAAAAGAUUACAAGGAUAAGACUUCCAAACAACUAAGUCAUUCUUCAAGAAAGGUAAAUCAUCUUUCCUGAGGCAUUAUUUGUGUGCAUUCAGCUUGUCAAUACUUGAUUUUAAUUUUCUUCAAAAUCUAUUUUUACACAUUUAAAUAACUUUCCUUUGCCAAAUAAUAGAGUGAUGAAACAUUGCUAUACUGUGAUUAUUGGGCUUCAUGAAAUAAUGAUAGUGUUACCCUAAUAUAAUGCAGUGAUGAAACGUUGCUAUACUGUGAUUAUAAUUGGCUUCAUGAAAUCGAAUUGCGUUAAUGGCAGUUACCAUAAUAUAAUGCAGUGAUGAAACGUUGCUAUACUGUGAUUUAUUCUAUUGGGCUUCAUGAAAUCGAAUUGCGUUAAUGGCAGUGUUACCCUAAUGCAGGGUUUUAUAAUAAUGCUUGAUUAGGUGCAAAUAGCGUUUGUAUUUCCUACCUCUAGUGCUUAAAAUAAAACAAAAUUUAAUUUAAAAUUUGGGAAGCAUCAUCAUGAAUGGCAUUAUCUGAAUUUGCGUUAUCGUGAGGAAAGUUAUCAACUAAUUAUGCUUUUGUAGAUGAUAUAUAAUUUUAUGAUCUGUUAUUAUUAAUAAUCCUAUUAUAAUUUGGUUAAAUUAAUAUGCAUAAAAAAUAAAUGUUGAUGAAACUGAUAAUUAUUUAUUUGCUUUUAUAGGAACAGUUUGCUGAUGCAGAUGGAUCUCCAAAGAUGAAAAUAAAAGAAAAAAGAGAAAAAUCGUAUCCUUUUUAACGGAACAAUCACAUUUGAUUUGCUUGAUUGCAUGUAGUGAUACUAUAAGCUCCAGAAUGGUAAUAAGUAGCUAUGGUAUCAUUUUGCAAUAGUUUGUAAAUGAUUUUUCAAAUUGGUUGACAGAUAAUGAAAUAUCCUUUAAGUAAAGAAAAAAAUAAGUGUUCUUCUAAAAGUAACCCUCUUCAACAAAAUACCUUUUUUUUUUUUGGUUGCUCCCUGAGCACAGUAUCUCCUAAUCUGACACCCCUUAAAAAUGCUGGAACCCUGCUUUUAACCUGCAUUAAACAAAUAAAGGGGGAAAGGAGACAUCCAAAUUAAAAACUUAAAUUACAUAAAGGAAUUGUUAUAGUUGGUCUAUUUUAUGUCAUUAUUUCUCUCUGUUUAUUUUUGACCCCCCCCCCCCCCUUCCCCUUUUCAAUCGCAACACUUUCUUUAUUUUCAAAAAAAAAAGAAAGAAAAAGCAAAAAAUAUACCUACACCAGUUUAAAAUCUCUCAUGUGUCUCCUAUUUCUAUGGGAAGAUAUUUUAAACUACAUACUGUAGAAACAUACAUUGACAGUCUCUCUUUUGGGCUAUCUGUCUUUGAGUGAUUUUUAUAAUCUGUCUGCCUUUGGGUCAUAGUUAUAAACUUUCUGCCUUUGGGUAAUUGUUAUAAACUGGCAUUAGUAACACAUGUUGAUUGUGUUUAGUUUUCUGCAAGAGAAGAGCUACUUUUUUGUAACUACUAAACACUUCAAAUAAUUAAUCCUUAUUUAUUAAAAAUAAUUGUUUUAUUUCUGUAAUUGUUCCAGAAUUAUUUUUGAAAACAUACUUCACUUAUGCUAAUCUUUCUAUAAAAACAGUUUUAAUUAUAAUAAUACCCAAUAAAUUAUGGAUAUUUUUGUAUUUUUCUUAACUUGUUUUCUCAGAUCAUCCAAAAAGCAGAAGAAGUGAUUCACAGUAUUCUUGUAAAUGCCAGACAUAUCUUAGUUUCAAGACGAUUUUGUCUGUCUUAUUUGUAUUUGUUUUCAACAUUUUAUCACCAUUGUUUAAAAAUAAGUUUAGCAUAGUUACUGCAUAUUACUUGAAUAUCCAGUUCUUAUGCCAACAGUUUUGGACAUGGAUUAUUUUAAUUGACUCGGCAAGAGUGAGAGUGUAAUUGUUUGUAUAUACAGGUACAGGAGAGUUGUAAGUAGAACAAAUGAAUACAUAUAUAAUUAUUAUGUAUUAUGUCCCAUUGGGAGGUUUAUGAAAUGUAUCAUCAAUAAAUAAAUAUUUUCUGUUCUAUACAAAAAAUGGGUCAAGUAUACUGUUACAAUUCAUGUGAUGAUAUUAAAAUUACAUGUAUUUCAACUGUCACAGGCAACUACCUUUAAAUUGUUGGCAUUAUUUGGGGUUGCAUUUUAAAAACCUUUAUCAAUUUGUUUUUUUUUUAAAAUAAAACAAAACAAGUAUCUCAUUAGUUGAGACUUCAUCUUAAUUUCAAUUAUUUGUCUUUAGGCAUGAAGAGAAUUUCUAGUAAAAGGCAACUACAAUAAUUAUACAAAAUCAAAAGCAUGUGAAAACUAAAAUAUUAAAGAAACACUUAAAAAAUAAGUUUUUAAACAAUACAGAUUAUUUUUAACUCCCACUGUUUUUUUUUAAAUAGUGGGGCUGUACAGCAUUUAUGUGCUGACAAGUGGUCUAUACCAUAUGUAAGAAAUCAUCACUUUACAUAUACAUUUUUUUUUUCAGUCACUUGUAUUUUUAUAAUGUAAGGCUGUAAUUUCUUUGUAUUGUUAUCCUUCGCAUUUUUAUUUUAUGUCAAAAUUUGGUGUUUUGUUUAAUGAGCUAAAGCUGUUGCCUUUCAGAUUAAUCUGCAUCAUUAAAAAGUUGUAUAUAAAAUACAGUGUUAAACACCAAAUAUUGUUAUAUUUACUAUUUGACUAAGCUUAACAGAUCAGAAAAAAAAAGAUCUGUUUUUGUUUUUAUGUGAAUAAAUUUCAUGAAUGUCACAAAGAAUAAAUUUUCUGCUAACAAUA